AUCACUCCGUCACAGUUCACAGCCUCAGAGGCCCAGAUCACAACCACACCACGCACACGUACUUGCAGUGCAGUUGCAGCGCGAGCGAAGCGAGCGGCCAUGGCGUUCCGGCUCAGCAACAACGUGAUCGGGGCGCUCAACCUGGUGACGCUGCUGCUCUCCGCUCCCAUCCUCAGCGGCGGGAUCUGGAUGGCCACCCGCGGCGACGGCGGCGAGUGCGACCGCCACCUCUCCUCGCCGGCCAUCGCGCUGGGGGCGGUCCUCAUGGCCGUCUCCCUCGCGGGCCUCGUCGGCGCGUGCUGCCGCGUCACCUGGCUACUCUGGGUCUACCUCCUCGCCAUGUUCGCCCUCAUCGUCGCCCUCCUCGGCUUCACCGCCUUCGCCUUUGCCGUCACCAACCGUGGCGCCGGCGAGGCCGUCUCCGGCCGCGGGUACAGGGAGUACCGCCUCGGGGACUACUCCACGUGGCUGCGGCGCCACGUGGGGAGCAGCAAGAACUGGGACAAGAUCAGGAGCUGCCUCGCCGGCGCCGACGUUUGCAGGAGCCUGCAGGACAGGAACGAGACGUGGGCGCAGUUCGUCGCCGACGACCUCUCCCCGGUCCAGUCCGGCUGCUGCAAGCCGCCCACGAGCUGCAACUUCACGUACGGCGGCGGCACGCGGUGGGGCAAGACGGCGAGGCUGAGCUCCGCCGACCCGGACUGCGACGAGUGGAGCAACGACGCCGACGAGGUCUGCUACGGCUGCCGGUCGUGCAAGGCCGGCGUGGUGGCCGCGCUCAAGAGGGACUGGAAGCGCGUGGCCAUCGUCAACGUCGUCUUCCUCGCCUUCAUCGUCGUCGUCUACUCCGUCGGGUGCUGCGCGUUCAAGAACAGCCGGCGCGACAGUGUCCACCGCCGCAGCGGCGGGUGGAAGCAGGCCGGAUACGCCUAGCGGUUUCAAAAGUUUGAGUACGAGCAGUAACAUAACUACUUGUUAAUUAGGAAUAGUAAUAUAGUAGUAGUAUUAGUUUCUGAUGCUUCUGCUGACGCUAUAUAUGUUCGUACUAGUCUUCUGACACCGUGUUUAGCUCAGGAUGGCGUGUUACUAGAGUUGCUGGUAUUAGUGUUUUAUCUAUCCAACACUGUAGUUUGUACAUGGGAUGAGCAUAUUAUGAGUUAACGAUCACAUGAUAUUAGUAUAUUUAUUGUCUAUCUUUAUGACCAGAGUUAGGCUAUACUA